AUGGCUCAACGGAAACUACAAUCUGAGAUUGAAAAGACCUUCAAGCGGGUGUCCGAGGGCCUGAACACCUUCGAGGACAUCUACUCCAAACUCCAGCCCAACUCCACCUCCACCAAUCUCAAGGAGAAGUAUGAGGCCGACCUGAAGCGCGAGAUCAAGAAGCUCCAGCGCUACCGCGACCAGAUCAAGACCUGGGGCUCCUCCAGCGAGAUCAAGGACAAGAAGGCCCUGUCGGAACACCGGCGCCAGAUUGAACAUGCGAUGGAACGCUUCAAAGCCCUGGAAAAGGAGAUGAAAACCAAGGCCUUUUCCAAGGAGGGGCUGGCAUCAACACGCGUGGACCCACGGGCCCAGGCCAAAAACGACACCAUAAAGUGGAUCUCGGAGGCUGUCGAGCGCCUGACCUUCCAGAAUGAGAAGCUGGACGCCGACUUGGAGCUCCUCCAGACCAAGAAGGGCCGGCAGGUCAUCGAGCAGAAGGAGGCCCUGCUGGAGCGCAUCCGCCAGUACCAAUAUCACAUCAACAUCCUGGAGCGCCUGCAGCGGCAAAUCGACAACAACACCGUGAAUCCGGAGGACGUGGACCGGAUCCGCGAGGACGUCAUGUACUACGUGGACAACAGCGAAUAUGUGGAUGGCGGGGACCCGGACGACGUGCCCUACGACUCGGUCCCAUACGACUCGAUCAUCAGCAUCGAUGAUGAUGAGUUCUUCCCCCAGAGUGAGGACGAUCUGCCGACCGGGGGGUCUUCGCAUCGGGCGUCGGUGUCCGGGUCGCCGGCCACCAGCGCCGCGUCGACCCCGGCCCCGGGCGGCGGCCCGGGCGACGAGUCGGACGAGCACUCCGACUCAUCGUCGGCCGACGAGUCGGCCACGCCCCACCCGGAGGAGCCGGCCCAGUCGCAGCUCAAGGCCACCUCGCCGGCCGCCGGCAAGGGAGCCGCCGCCACGCCGCAGGGCACGGCCGCCUCUUCGCGGGCCUCCACCCCGCCCACGCAGCCGGAGCCCAAUGCCGGCCAGCCGGCCGAUGAGCUUGGCGCCCCGACGCCCGAGCACUUUGAGGGUGCGUCUUUGGCCCCUGUCGCCCACUGA